GGGGCGGAAGUGCGACGGUGUGAGCCGGAAGUGACGGAGGCGAGGGGUUAAAUGUGACGAGAGCGGCUUGUGUUCUCACACUGCAGUGAUGGAGGUAACACGGCAAAGUUUUAAAGACACUUUGGGGAUUAUUUACAGCGCGGUGGAGGAGGCAGACUUCCUGGCCAUCGAUGGAGAGUUCUCAGGUCUGAGUGAUGGACCUGUAAGUAUGCUGACCAAUGGAAUGGACACACCUGCGGAGCGUUACAGUAAACUGAGGAAGCACUCGAUGGACUUCCUGCUCUUUCAGUUUGGCCUCUGUGCCUUUAGAUAUGACCAGUCACAGUCCAAGUACUUCACAAAAACCUUUAACUUCUACAUUUUCCCCAAACCGUUCAGCAGAGUGUCACCUGAUAUUAAAUUUGUCUGUCAGAGCUCCAGUAUUGACUUUCUGGCCAGUCAGGGCUUCGACUUCAACAAGGUGUUUUGUAACGGGAUCCCGUACCUGAACCAGGGGGAGGAGUCUCAGCUAAGGGAGCAGUAUGAGGAGAGGAGGAACCAAAGCAAUGGUGUGGGGACUCCCUCCUACAUCUCCCCUACUUCCUGUAAGGGACCUGUCAACAUUCCUGAGGAGCACAAGGACUUCAUCAGCACUGUAGUGGAGAAGGUGGAAGCCCUUCUGAACAACUCUGAGAAGACUGUGGACUUGGAGCCAUGCUCUGGGUUUCAGAGGAAGCUCAUCUACCAGACCCUAAACUGGAAGUUUCCUAAAGGACUUCAUAUUGAAACUGUGGAGAAUGACAAGAAGGAGCGAUUUAUUCAGAUCAGUAAAGUGGAUGAGGAGGAGAGGAAGAGGAUUGAGCAGCAGAAAUACGAACGAGAGCAGGAAGAACUGAAUGAUGCAGUCGGCUUCUCCAGAGUCAUACACGCCAUCUCCAAAUCUGGUAAACUGGUGGUUGGUCACAACAUGCUGCUAGAUGUCAUGCACACCAUCCACCAGUUCUACUGCCCCCUGCCUGAGGAGUUGGAUGACUUCAAAGAGGUUACAAUGUGUGUCUUUCCCAGAAUUUUGGACACAAAGCUGAUGGCAUCAACACACCCUUUCAAGGAGCUGAUUACAAACACGUCUUUGGCAGAGCUGGAGAAGCAGCUAAAGGAGCAGCCCUUCAAAGCCCCCAGAGUUGAAAGUUCUGAGGGAUUUCAGAGUUAUGACACUGCAUCUGAGCAACUGCAUGAAGCUGGCUAUGAUGCUUACAUCACUGGGCUCUGCUUCAUCUCCAUGGCCAACUACCUAGGUUCGUUCCUCACACCUCCAAGAGCUCACAUCUCUGCUCGCUCCAAACUCAUUGAGCCCUUCUACAACAAGUUGUUCCUCAUGCGGGUGGCUGAUAUUCCUUACCUGAACAUUAGUGGACCAGACUUGCAGCCGAAGCGAGACAACGUUCUGUAUGUCACCUUCCCUAAAGAGUGGAAAACCAGUGACCUCUAUCAGCUGUUCAGCGCCUUCGGGAACAUCCAGGUGUCAUGGGUGGACGAUACGUCUGCGUUUGUGUCUCUCAGUCAGCUGGAGCAGGUGCAGAUCGCGGUGAACACGAGUCAGUACGCAGAGAGUUACCGCAUCCAGACGUAUGCGGAGUACAUGCAGUCCAAGCAGAAGAACACUCGCACACAAAUGAAGUGGGGGGAGGACGGGUGGGCGGAGCCUCCCUACCGUGCUGUUGCCAUGACUGCAGCUUCUGCAGCCCAUGACAGGUGUUCACUGAGAGGGAAAAGGAGCAUCAGCCCCACUCACAACAGUCAGAACUCCGACUUCAGCACCACGGACAGCACCUGGAGUAACUACAGCAACACCAAGAGGAUAAAAAAAGAUGGUGCUCUGAGUGCUGAUUCGUCAUUCGCUGAUGCUGCAGACGCCAAGACGACAGACGAUUGGCUCAGGACGCAGACGACUGAAGGGGGUGGGGCUUCUACAAGCCCAGAUAAGGAAGACGACUCAUGGCCUCAGUCCUCAGCCAAUCAGAAUCAAGGGUCUCGGGCGAAGUCUUCCGGACUGUUUGACGUCCCUCAGGUUUGGUAGUGGUGUGAAAACGUGACUAGCCAAUCAGGAGCCUCCACUUAAGAACUCAGCUACCCAGCAGCCAAUUAGAAAAGGCUUUUACUUGAGCAGUCUCUUUUGGAUCGGCUGUUACAAGGGACCACUUACGUAAUAGCCAAUGAGUAGUUUCCUACGCGACUCUCUUACAUGAGCCAAUCAGAAGCCUCCAUCUAGGAACGCAGCUAACUUACCAGCCAAUCAGAAGAGAGGCUGCUGGAUCACGCAGUUUAAUACAUGACCUAAAGCCAUAAACAUUCGUGUGGUGUGUCUCUCUCUCACACACACACACACACACACACUGUAAUAGGGGGUGUAUGUGAGAGAGUGUGGCUGAUCCUGGAACAGUUGAAGAUGAGUGUGAUCAGCUAUUUUUAAACACUGUAUGCUUGUGUUUGUCAUUUUUAAGUGUUUCUCCUGUACACUAAUUGCCCCCACCCCACUCACCCCACUGUACUUUUAUAGUGAACAUGCCCCAUGGAGCUGCUCGUGUGUGUGUGUGUGUGUGUGUGUGUGUGUGUGUUGCCUGCAGGAAUGUGAGAGGAAAAAAAAAGUUUCUGAGAUCAAGACCAUGUCAUUUUGUUUUCUUUUGUAUGAUGACGUCCUCAUCCAGAGAGGAGAAAAUAAUUAAAGAAUGUUUCUUAGUA